CAAACCAGCAUCUGGAGGGAGAUUUUUUUUCUUUUCUGUAAGCAGCAGCAGCAUCCCCUGGACCCUGCUGGAGCCCCAGUUCCGAUCAGCCAGUCUGUUAGCGAUGAAUGCCUCGUGCUGUCUGCUCUCUGCUCAGCCAACACUGCCCAACAGCUCAGAGCACCUUGCAGCCUCUUCCUUCAGCAACCAGAGCAGCAGCGGGUUCUGCGAGCAGGUCUUCAUCAAGCCGGAGGUCUUCCUGGCGCUGGGCAUCAUCAGCCUGAUGGAAAAUAUCCUGGUCAUCCUGGCUGUGGUCAAGAAUGGCAACCUGCACUCUCCCAUGUACUUCUUCCUCUGCAGCCUGGCGGUGGCCGACAUGCUGGUGAGCGUGUCCAAUGCCCUGGAGACCAUCAUGAUCGCCAUCGUCAACAGCAACUACCUGACCUUCGAGGACCGGUUCAUCCAGCACAUGGACAACAUCUUCGACUCUAUGAUCUGCAUCUCCCUGGUGGCCUCCAUCUGCAACCUCUUGGCCAUCGCCGUGGACAGGUACGUCACCAUCUUCUAUGCGCUCCGCUACCACAGCAUCAUGACCGUGAGGAAGGCCCUCGCCUUGAUCGUGGCCAUCUGGGUGUGCUGCGGCAUCUGUGGCGUGGUGUUCAUCAUCUACUCUGAGAGCAAGAUGGUCAUCGUGUGUCUCAUCACCAUGUUCUUCGCCAUGCUGCUCCUCAUGGGCACUCUCUACGUGCACAUGUUCCUCUUUGCGAGGCUGCACGUCAAGCGCAUCGCAGCACUGCCCCCUGCUGAUGGAGCGGCCCCACAGCAGCACUCAUGCAUGAAGGGGGCCGUCACCAUCACCAUCCUGCUGGGGGUAUUCAUCUUCUGCUGGGCCCCCUUCUUCCUCCACCUCAUCCUCAUCAUAACCUGCCCCAGGAACCCCUACUGCGUCUGCUACACCGCCCACUUCAACACCUACCUGGUCCUCAUCAUGUGCAACUCCGUCAUCGACCCCCUCAUCUACGCCUUCCGCAGCCUGGAACUGCGCAACACGUUUAAGGAGAUUCUCUGCAGCUGCCAUGGCAUGAACUUGGGCUAG